AUGAAACCUAAACCUCAAAAACCAACAGAUGAUAAAAAUGAUCAGCCUGAUGAAGAAGAUACUGACAAACCGGAGGAUGAGCCGGAAGAGAAGAAUGAUGACAAAGAUAGUCCACAGAAACCAGAAAACUCUGAGCCCAAGGAGAAGAAGCCCAAACCUCAAAAACCAACAGAUGAUAAAAAGGAUCAGCCUGAUGAUGAAGAUACUGACAAACCGGAAGACAAGCCGGAAGAAAAGAAUGAUGAAAAAGAAAGUCCACAGAAACCAGAAAAGCCUAAGCCUAAAGAAAUGAAACCUAAACCUCAAAAACCAACAGAUGACAAAGAGGAUCAGCCUGAUAAUGAAGAUACUGACAAAGCGGAGGAUGAGCCGGAAGAGAUGAAUGACGACAAAGAGAGUCCACAGAAACCAGAAAACCCUAAGCCUAAAGAAAUGAAACCUAAACCUCAAAAACCAACAGAUGAUAAAAAGGAUCAGCCUGAUGAUGAAGAUACUGACAAACCGGAGGAUAAGCCAGAAGAGAAGAAUAAUGACAAAGAGAGUCCACAGAAACCAGAAAACACUGAGCCUAAAGAAAUGAAACCGAAGCCUCAAAAACCAACAGAUGAUAAAAAGGAUCUGCCUGAUGAUGAAGAUACUGACAAACCGGAGGAUAAGCCGGAAGAGAAGAAUGAUGACAAAGAUAGUCCACAGAAACCAGAAAACUCUAAGCCCAAGGAGAAGAAGCCCAAACCUCAAAAGCCAACAGAUGAUAAAAAGGAUCAGCCUGAUGAUGAAGAUACUGACAAACCGGAAGACAAGCCGGAAAAGGAGAAUGAUGACAAAGAGAGUCCACAGAAACCAGAAAACACUAAGCCUAAAGAAAUGAAACCUAAACCUCAAAAACCAACAGAUGAUAACAAGGAUCAGCCUGAUGAAGAAGAUACUGACAAAUCGGAGGAUGAGCCGGAAGAGAAGAAUGAUGACAAAGAGAGUCCACAGAAACCAGAAAACACUAAGCCUAAAGAAAUGAAACCUAAACCUCAAAAACCAACAGAUGAUAAAAAUGAUCAGCCUGAUGAAGAAGAUACUGACAAACCGGAGGAUGAGCCGGAAGAGAAGAAUGAUGACAAAGAUAGUCCACAGAAACCAGAAAACUCUGAGCCCAAGGAGAAGAAGCCCAAACCUCAAAAGCCAACAGAUGAUAAAAAGGAUCAGCCUGAUGAUGAAGAUACUGACAAACCGGAAGACAAGCCGGAAAAGGAGAAUGAUGACAAAGAGAGUUCACAGAAACCAAAAAACUCUAAGCCUAAAGGAAUGAAACCUAAACCUCAAAAACCGACAGAUGAUAAAAAGGAUCAUCCUGAUGAUGAAGAUACUGACAAACCGGAGGAUAAGCCGGAAGAAAAGAAUGAUGAAAAAGAAAGUCCACAGAAACCAGAAAAGCCUAAGCCUAAAGAAAUGAAACCUAAACCUCAAAAACCAACAGAUGACAAAGAGGAUCAGCCUGAUAAUGAAGAUACUGACAAACCGGAGGAUGAGCCGGAAGAGAAGUAUAACGACAAUGAUAGUCCACAGAAACCAGAAAACUCUAAGCCCCAGGAGAAGAAGCCCAAACCUCAAAAGCCAACAGAUGAUAAAAAGGAUCAGCCUGAUGAUGAAGAUACUGACAAACCGGAGGAUGAGCCGGAAGAGAAGAAUGAUGACAAAGAUAGUCCACAGAAACCAGAAAACACUAAGCCUAAAGAAAUGAAACCUAAACCUCAAAAACCAACAGAUGAUAAAAAAGAUCAGCCUGAUGAUAAAGAUACUAACAAACCGGAAGACAAGCCGGAAAAAAAGAAUGAUGACAAAGAGAGUCCACAGAAACCAGAAAACACUAAGCCUACAGAAAUGAAACCUAAACCUCAAAAACCAACAGAUGACAAAGAGGAUCAGCCUGAUGAUAAAGAUACUGACAAACCAGAGGAUGAGCCGGAAGAGAAGAAUGACGACAAAGAUAGUCCACAGAAACCAGAAAACUCUAAGCCCAAGGAGAAGAAACCUAAACCUCAAAAGCCAACAGAUGAUAAAAAGGAUCAGCCUGAUGAUGAUGAUACUGACAAACCGGAGGAUGAGCCGGAAGAGAAGAAUGAUGACAAAGAUAGUCCACAGAAACCAGAAAACUCUAAGCCCAAGGAGAAGAAGCCCAAACCUCAAAAGCCAACAGAUGAUAAAAAGGAUCAGCCUGAUGAUGAAGAUACUGACAAACCGGAGGAUAAGCCGGAAGAGAAGAAUGACGACAAAGAUAGUCCACAGAAACCAGAAAACUCAAAGCCAAAGGAGAAGAAGCCCAAACCUCAAAAGCCAACAGAUGAUAAAAAGGAUCAGCCUGAUGAUGAAGAUACUGACAAACCAGAGGAUGAGCCGGAAGAGAAGAAUGAUGACAAAGGUAGUCCACAGAAACCAGAAAACUCUAAGCCCAAGGAGAAGAAGCCCAAGCCUCAAAAACCAACAGAUGACAAAGAGGAUCAGCCUGAUGAUGAAGAUACUGACAAACCGGAGGAUGAGCCGGAAGAUAAGAAUGACGACAAAGAUAGUCCACAAAAACCAGAAAACUCUAAGCCUAAAGAAAAGAAACCUAAACCUCAAAAGCCAACAGAUGAAAAAGAGGAUCAGCCUGACAAUGAGGAUACUGACAAACCAGAGGAUAAGGCGGAAAAUAAUAAUGACGACAAAUAUGAUUCGCAGCUUCCGGAUAAUUCUCAACUAGACGAAAGUAAUAGAAAACCUAAAAUGGAAGAUAAGAAGGAGAAUUUACCACAGGAGACUGAUGAAUUAAAUCCGGAAGGUAUGAGUGAAAAGCCUGAUAUGUUAAAUGAUCCUCUGAAUGAAAAGGAGAAACCCGAUAUCGUAUUUCCGGAUGAUAGGCAGGUACAAACUCCUUCUACUUAUGAUGAUGACACGAACAAUCCAGAAUCAUUUCCUUCAAAAAAUGGGGCACCUUUUGAUACUCGGAAUAAUAUUCCCAAAGAUGAUAAAGAUUUAAAUGAAGAAGAUGAUAACUGUUCAGAGGAUCCUUCUCAAUCUGAAAACAGUGUUCCGUCAGAUUUUGAUUUUCAGAAUCCAAAUCUUCAACCAAAUAAUAAUCAACAACCUCAACCUUACCCUUUUAAUCCUAAUAAUCCUUUUCUUAAUUCUGCUUUUGGAGGGAAACCACCAAAUCAAGAAAACCGAAACAAUUUUGAGCCUGAAGUUUUUCAUGGAGUUGGAGGAUAUAGAGGAGAUGUCGAAAAAAAUGGAGGAGAAAAGCCACCAAGAUAUCCAGAUACACCAUCAAAUAGUCUUAAUUCUGAAGGAGAUCCUAAAAAGUCAAAUGCUCCUUCUCCAUCUGAAAAUCCAUAUAUGAAUGGUCCACCUCCUGGAAAUCCAUUUCUUUCUGGAUUAUUUGGAAAAGGAAAUAACAAUUCGCCACCACCAUCAGCACCUGAAAAUAAAGGCAAUUUUGAUAAUAAUCCAUCCGGAAAAACUCUUCCCAAUAUACCAUUCUAUCCUGGAAGUAAUAGAAAAGUUGGAGAAGGAAAUCCUUUCUUUUCCACAUUUUUUAAUAGAGGAAAUGAUGGGAAUUCUCAAAAUCGAAUGGCUCGAAAUGGUUUUUCUUCGUCAGAAGAUAAUAAAACUCCUAAAAAUAAUUUUGAUCAACAAAGAAAUGAGCCACUCAAUAACUUUCCAACAAUUGCAACAUUUGGACCAUUUAAUAUUGGAAGACCAACAUCACCUCCAAAUUUUGAUCAAUUAAUACAAGAUAAUCAAGCUUAUGAUCAAAUUGUUGGAGAUUUUUCGUGGCCUGUAAACACUCAUAUUUAUCCAAAUUCACCACCACAAGUUGAUAGUUCCUGGCCGGAAAUUUUUCACCUUACUUUGAAGAAACGGUAAUGCAACAAAAACAGUAUCAUUGAAACUUGGAACCAUUUUCAAAAAUGACAUUUACCUCUAUAAUUUAUGUAAUAAUUUAUAUAAUAGAUGUAAUAUAAUAAUUUAUAAAACUUCGAUUAGUUAAUAUAUUUACUUUUUUGUUAUUCUACAUUUAAAUAGAUAUUAUAUUAUAAGUAAAAUAAUUAAAUAAUUUUAUUCGUUAUUAAAACGAACACAAAAUAAUUUUUUGAAAGAAAUAUAUUUUCAAUAAUAAAUAAAUAUAUAUAUGUAUAUAUAUAUAUAUAUUUACAUGUAUUUAAUAAUAAACAUACACUUUGUGAGA